UUUAAUAAAAAAAAAAAGUUUUAAUCAAUAAAAAUAAGUUUUAAUCAGUAUAAAUUACUCCGGAAAUAAAUUUUAAAGCGCGGGGAAGACAUACAGUUGAUAUAGAGGAUAGUUGCCACUCUUGCCAGCAUCUACAGCAAGUCCAUCAGCAACUUCCACCGAUGCCGGCGACCACCACCACCUUACACCCACUUCCUUGAUCUCUCUCUUCUCUUACGCCAUGAGAGCAAUACUGUUCAAAUAUCUUCGAACAAACCCUAUUUAUUCACACCAAUUACCUGAAUCACCAAUCCAAUUUGGCCCAUUCAACCUCUUCAUUCAAAGAAGAUGGAAAAAACCCGCGAAUACUGCUCAAACCCGGUUAGAAAAUCGAACCCGGGUCCUUAAACUUGAUUUAAUAACAUCCCAAAUCAGGAAACUCAAUAUUGCACUCCACCUGUUCGACUUAAUGUCUCAGAGAAGACGCCAUUAUGUUUCUGUUCAAAUUAUGUCUCGUUGGACUAAUGUAGUUGGUCUUAAUGUUAGUAUGGGUGAUUUUCUUGGAAAUUAUCCGCAUGUUUUUGAUGUAUUUACGCACCCUGUUAGGAAGAAUGUGUGUUGUAGUGUUACAAGAAAGAUGAAGGCUUUGAUUGAGGAAGAGAGGGUUGUGAUGGAGGAGUGUGAAUUGGAUAAUGUUAAGCGGGUUAAGAAGCUUUUGAUGAUGUCGAAAGAGGGUAUGCUUCAUUUACACGCCUUACGAUUGGUGAGGCGAGAGUUGGGGUUGCCAGUGGAUUUUAGAGAGUCGAUACUAGGAAAGUAUACGGAUAAUUUUAAGCUGGUUGAUCUUGAGGUUGUGGCUUUAGUUGAGAGGGAUGAAAGUUUGGGAGUUGGGGGUGUUGAAAAGUGGAGGGAAAAGGAGUACAAGGAGAAAUGGUUGAGUGAAUUUGAGACUAAGUAUGCAUUCCCUAUAAAUUUUCCUACAGGUUAUGUUAUAGAGAAAAGUUUUAAAGACAAGCUAAAGAAUUGGCAAAGAUUGUCUUAUGUGAAACCUUAUGAAAAAGAGGUUAAACAGAGUCGUACUAAAGCUGGGAUUGAGCGUUUUGAGAAAAGAGUUGUGGGAAUUUUACAUGAGUUUCUGAGCUUGACUGUUGAGAAAAUGAUGGAUGUUGAAAGAAUUGUACAUUUCCGGAAGGAUUUGGGGAUUGAGGUUAAUUUUCGCGAACUCUUGUUAAAGCACCCUGGGAUUUUCUAUAUCUCUACUAAAGGUGACACUCAGACAGUUUAUCUUAGAGAGGCUUAUAGCAAAGGUGAUUUGAUUGAAUCUAACCCGUUCUAUAAUGUCCGAAGAAAAAUGAUGGACCUCAUGUUGCUUGGUAGGCGCAAUACUAAUGAGUUAAAGGCUGACAAAGCAACUUAUGAGAAGAAAAGAUGUGCAGAAACUGAUAAGAUUGUGGAAGGAACAAAAGAUGGAGACUGGGUCAUUCCGCUGUUAGAGAAAACUGAUGAUUGAAGCUGCUGUGAAUGCUGGAAGAUGCAAAGGUUCAUGGAUGGAUUUCUAACUUUGGUAUUGGUACAAUCCCUGAAGAUUUUAGCAGCCUGCUUGGCUAGGUAACCUAACUGGCACAACAAGAUUCAUAUUUAGAAUGUAAUUAAUUUCCAUAUUGUCUGUUUCCAUGUUCUCUGAUGCUGCCUGCUUUAAUACUUUGUAUUAGUUUAAUGGGUGCUCAAGUACCAAUAGUCCGAAUGUAACUUUGUGGAAUCUUCAAAUGAUCAUAUAUCUUGUUACAAAUAUUUAUCAAUGAAAUUUUGGCUUCAAGUUUGGGAAUAUGAUGACAAGUAUGAAUAUAAAUGUUCCAUGGUGGAUAUUUGACAAGAACAAACAUGCAAGAUAAUGCUACAAAUCUAAGAUCAUGAUAACCAAAGU